AUGGGGAGUCAAUGUUCGAAUUGUUAGAGUUGUUAAAAGAAAGACGAAAUUUUGAUUAGUGAAUUUCACUAAUAAUCUAUGAAUCACUAUUCUAAUAAUUAGUAAGAUUGUGAGGAAGAUGAUGAAUAAGAAAAUACAUUUAAGGAAGAGCAAAAAGAAUCUAAAUAACCAAUUUAAAAUUCAGUUGAACAUGAAGUUCAAAAUUAGGCAUAAUCUGAAAAGAAAAUGGAGAUAAAUUUAACUUCUUGUAAAUUUUACAUUAAAUAGUUAGAGUCUAAUAGUGAUAGUUAGAGAAAGAAAAAUGAAAUGGCAUUUAGAAAUCAUGAGGAUAUUUUAGAAACGUUGGGAAGCAGAUCAAAUUGUAAAUAAAGAGAAAGAAGAAGCAAACAUAUAUUUAAGAGUGGAGCAUCUUAUGAAGGUGAGUGGAUAGGUUAAUAAAGAGAUGGAUAUGGAGUUUAAAUUUGGGUAGACGGUGCUAAAUAUGAAGGAGAGUGGAAGAAUAAUAAAGCUGAUGGGAAGGGUAAGUUUUGGCAUUUAGGAGGAGAUUAUUAUGAAGGAUUAUGGAAAUAAGAUAGGGCUUGUGGUAAAGGAAUAUAUAUACAUGCUAAUGGGGCUAAGUUUGAAGGUGAAUGGUUGAAUGAUUAACCUCACGGUUAUGGAAUAGAGGUUUGGGUCGAUAAUUCUAGAUAUGAGGGAAAUUAUAGUCAUGGAAAGAAAGAUGGCUUUGGAAAAUAUUUUUGGAAUGAUGGUUCUAUUUAUAUCGGAAAUUGGUAAAGUAAUGUUAUGGAUGGAUAUGGAGUUCAUUAUUGGGUUGAUGGUAGAGUAAUAUUUAUAUUAAAUUAAGAAAUACGAAGGUGGGUGGAAAAAGAGUUAAAUGAAUGGAAGAGGUACUUAUAAUUGGCCUGAUGGAAGAUAGUAUAAUGGAGAAUACCUAAAUGAUAAGAAAUAAGGAUAUGGAGUAUAUGUUUGGCCAGAUGGACGAAGUAUUAAUCAAUGAAUUAAAUUCAAGAAUAUGAAGGUUAUUGGGUAAAUGGGAAGUAGGCUGGAAAAGGUAGAUACAUAUUGCCUAAUGGUAAGAGUUAAUUAGGAUUGUGGGAAGGAGGUAGACGUGUUAUGUGGUUAGAUUAGGAUGAAGACAUCAAGCCUCUUGGCUGGGAUGAUUAUGAAGAUCCUAAAUAAUAUUACAUUAAUCAUGCUUAUAGUUGA